AUGGAAGAACUGAAGAGAGAGUUUCACGGGUUGAAGAGAGGGCAGCGACAGCUUUGUUCACGGGUUAUAGCGACAGCUUUGUCCAAGAGACACGCUGAUGGUUCAUUGCCGAUCGGAGACUAUAACAUAGAGCUGGAAGAUCAGGGAGGUCAUCAAGUAAAGUUUGGAACAGAGACUGACCAGAGUGCAGCAAUGAUGGGUCUUAUGUUACAUACUAAGGGAAAAAGUCUAAUAGAAUUGGAAAAGUAUUCUGAUGCAGUAGAAGUUCUUUCCAUGGCAGAGGAAUCGUUCUUGCUCUGUGAUCCCAAGAUUCUCGAGUUUGUUGACAACAUCCCUAUAAUGGAAAUCGACAUUGUAUGGUGCUAUUUCUUGCUCCGGGACCUCAAAUGCCUGUCAGAUGCUGGGGUUCGCCUUGAAAAAGCAAGGAAGGGACUCGAGCGUGCUCAUGGGAAGGACCUCUCUCGUGUGAGACUCCUUCAAGCUGGUCAAUGUCCAGAAUUGGCACUAUAUGUGAGACUAGAGUUACUAGAAGGCGUGGUGGCAUAUCACACUGGUCAAAAUAAUAAAGCUUUAAAUGCUCUGAAGUCGGCCCAUGCCAAAUUGUCACAGCUACAAAUACCCGAUGAAACGCUGUCCUUAGUUAUGGGUAUGGGCUUCCAGGAAGAGGAUGCUAAGAGAGCUUUGCGACUGAACAAUCAGGAUAUCGCGAGUUCUGUUGAUUUUCUCAUUGAAGAGAGGGCAAAAAGAGCUCAAAAGCGGAAGGAUGAUCUCCAAAGACAAAAAGAGAUACUUGAGCAGAAGACGUAUGGAGUGACACCAUUGAAGAAAGGUGUUGAUAUGCAGAUGCUUGACAGGCUCGUCUCUAUUGGAUAUGCGAGGGAUCUUGCUGCUGAAUCCCUGAGGAGAAAUGAGAACGAUUUUCAGAAAGCCCUUGAUGCACUUACAAGCCCAGAAUCUAAUUCGAUGAUACAGGGUUACAUCGAAUCGAGGAAAAGAAAACGACAAGAACAACAAGUUGGUAUAACAGUGGACGAACUUGUUUCCAUGGGCUUUGAACGAGGAAGAGCAACCUUUGCUUUAGCAGCAGGUGGUAAGCGAGAAGAUAUAAUCCAAAGGCUACUAUCUGUACCAGAAGCAAACCAUGGAAUCGCUGCUACUACUUUUAUAGGCAAUGGCAGUGGUGCAACGAGUAGUUCCAACAACGUGGCUGCUCGAGAAAGCGUGUCCAAUGAAAUCGGUGGUUGGGCAGAGGAGGAGGACUCGGAGAUGAAAGAUGAAACAACCGAUGGUGAGGAAGAGCGAGACUCGGAAAUAGAAGAGGAAAUAGCAGAUGAGAUUGCAAAGGUUGAUGCUUUGUCGGCUUAUGAUAUCAAUCUUGACAGGGAAAUUGAAGCUAUAAAUGAGUACCUGGGGAUGUUAGAUGCAUCUCAGGAUUCUGUUUGA